UAUCUUCUACACCAACCAUUAAAAAAGUUGCUGCUGCAGCCUCAGCUUCUCCUCCUCAUCACAGAGCUCCGGCGAUGGCUUCCACGGCGAAGGAACGCUCAACUGUGGCUUCCUCCAACUCCGACGACGGCCAAGAACAACAACACUACUCUUACGCUGCGCAAUUGGUUACCUCAUCAGUUCUGCCGAUGACACUCCAAGCAGCCUUCGAGCUUGGCUUGUUUGAGAUCUUGGCCAAGGCUGGCGAUGGGGCCGAGCUGUCUCCGACUGAGAUAGCCACUAAGAUAACCACCUCGAACCCGGAUGCUGCGUCGAUGAUCGAUCGGAUCCUGAGGCUUAUGGCGGCCCACGCGGUGGUGGGGUGCUCUGUGAUCAUUGAUGAAAAUGGGAAUCAGCAGAGAUUGUAUAGCCUUGCGCCGGUGGCUAAGUAUUUUGUUCCGAAUGAAGAUGGCGUGUCGUUGGGUCCUAUUGUAUCGAUGAUCCAAGAUAAAGUCUUUCUUCAUAGCUGGAGUGAGCUCAAGAAUGCUGUGAUUGAAGGGGGAGUUCCAUUCAAUAGAGCUCAUGGGGGAGUUCAUGCCUUUGAGUACCCUCGCUUGGAUCAAAGAUUUAAUCAAGUUUUCAACAACGCAAUGAUAAACUACUCCACUACGGCCAUCAAGGCCGUUGUCAAGUGCUACAACGGUUUUGCAAACCUCAAGCAACUGGUUGAUGUUGGUGGUGGCCUCGGGGUCACCCUUAAAAUCAUCACGUCUGCAUACCCUUCAAUCAAAGGCAUCAACUUCGAUUUGCCUCAUGUUAUUCAAGAUGCACCUUCCUAUCCAGGUGUGGAACACGUAGGAGGAGACAUGUUCGAGAAAGUUCCCGAGGGAGAUGCUAUUUUCAUAAAGUGGAUACUUCACGAUUGGAGUGACGAACAUUGCGUGAAGCUACUGAAAAAUUGCUACGCUGCGAUCCCGGACGAUGGAAAGGUAAUCGUGAUGGAGGGAGUGCUUCCAACGGUGCCUGAGACCUCAGAAGCAGCUAAAGGCAUCAUCCAAGGCGAUGUGCUUAUGAUGACUCAAAACCCAGGAGGAAAGGAGCGAACUCGUGAUGAGUUUGAAGCCCUCGCAACCAAGGCUGGGUUUAAACACGUCAAAUUCGUCUGUUUCCUAAGCAAUCACUGGAUCAUAGAGUUCUUGAAAUGAACCUAUGUUUACUUUUUUUUAAAUAAUGUCGGUGCUUAUUUAUUUUAGUACUUAAAAAGAGCCGUUUGGUUCGAUGUUUUGUUUAAGAUGCUGGAAAAAAUUGCAAGGUUUUGACAAAAAAUGAGCAGAAAUAUAAACGGAGUUUGGAGUGAUGA